AUGGUGGCUGUGAACGAGUCGAUGCUCGCUUUCAACGACUCUAUCUCCCAAUCUCUGUCGAAGAUCGAACAGAACAGCAAGAAGAAUGUGCUGGACCAUCUCCAGCGCAAGGACGACGAGAUUGCGGCCAGUAAAGCCGCCGAAGAGCAGGAACGCCGAAAGAAUUUCACCGCUCAAGCUGAGAUCAAUAAGCUGAAGGUGCUGCUCCAGGUCGAACAAAAGAAACUCGGUGCUACGAUGCAGGACAAGGUGGUGACCAAGCUCCAGCAAGAAGUUGACCGCCUUAAAGAGGAGAGUAAGAGCAACGCCAACGUCAAACAGCAAAUGACAGACCUACAACAGGAAAUCACGGCCCUGAAGACGAACAACGGCACUCUCAAGAGAAAGCUCGCAGAUAUCAGCGCGUACGAUGCCGAGAUGAAGCGACUGACCAAGAGAAGACGGGAGCUCAUCGACGAGUCAACCAAGACAGGAGCCGAAGGAUCAUGA